AUGGUCAAAGAGACCAAGCUCUACGAUGCGCUGGGCAUCGGCUCAUCCGCAUCACAAGAUGAUAUCCGCAAGGCGUACAGGAAGGGUGCCCUGAAGUGGCACCCCGACAAGAACAAGGAUAACCCGCAAGCCGCCGAAAAGUUCAAAGAACUCUCGCAAGCCUACGAAAUCCUGUCCGACCCCGAGAAGCGCAAGAUGUACGACCAGUUCGGUCUCGAAUUCAUACUACGCGGUGGCGCACCCCCGCCAGAAGGCGCCGAAAGCUUUGCGAGCGACGGCGGUAACCCCUUCGCCGGAGCUCAAGGCUUCCCCUUCAGUGGCAUGGGCGGCGGCGGCGGCCCGGGCGGCGGUGCCAGGACGUUCCACUUCUCGACUGGUGGCGGCGGCGGCGGGGGGCCCAACGGCUUCAACUUCUCGAACCCCGAAAGCAUAUUUUCCGAGUUCUUCCGCAGCGGUGCCGCCGGCGGCAUGGGAGGCGGCAUGGGAGGCGACGACGACGACUUCGCCGGGUUCGGCGGCAUGCCUGGAGGCUUCCCCGGCGCGGGCGCGAGGCCCGGGGGGAAGAGAGCGGGCAGCAGCCGCUUCCAACAGGACCCGCGCAGGGCGCAGACGCCAGAGGUCACGGUGGUGGAGAAGCCACUGCCCGUCUCGCUGGAGGAGCUGUUCAGCGGCACGACCAAGAAGAUGAAGAUCAAGCGCAAGACCUACGACAAAAACACCGGCAAACAGAGCACGCAAGACAGGAUCCUGGAGGUGCCCAUCAAGAAGGGCCUGAAGGCCGGCUCGAAGAUCAAAUUCUCCGAUGUGGGUGAUCAGGUUGAAGGAGGCACCCAGGACCUACACUUCAUCGUUUCAGAGAAAGAGCAUCCGCUGUACAAGCGCGAAGGCGACGACCUCAAGCAUAUCGUCGAAAUCGACCUCAAGGAGGCUCUCACCGGCUGGAGCCGAACUGUCCAGACCAUCGACGGCAAAAACGUGUCCGUCCGGUCCGGGGGCCCGACGUCACCCGAAUACACUGACCGCUACCCUGGCUUGGGCAUGCCGAAGAGCAAGAAACCAAACGAGCGCGGCGACUUCGUGAUCGGCGUCAAGAUCAAGUUCCCCACCAGUCUGACGGCCGACCAGAAGACCAAGUUGAGGGAUGUCCUUUGA